AUGAAAAACGGAACAGUGACAAAUAUAUGGAGCUUGAAGUCACAGGUAGAAAACAUGGAUGUUAGCUGUGUCAGCAAGUUUUGGCUGACAUUUUCUGUUGUUGGAUCCUGUUUGUUAACCCGUUCCAUAAUAUCGGCAAUACUGGGUUACCAUUACAGAUGGAACAUAAAAUACUGGAUGAGGACAAACUGUCGUAGAGGCCCUGUAUAUGACGAACUGGCCAUGGAACAUUAUCAAUUUGACGCCUUUGUGGCCUACAAUUACAGUAACUACCAGUGGGCUUGCAUUGUUCUGAGAAAUGUUUUGGAAACGCAAAACAAUUACACACUUUGCCUCCAUGAUCGUGAUUUCCCUGUAAGUGUCAGCAUACAACAGAACAUUGUAGACGCCGUGAACAACAGCCGGAAAGUCAUCCUGGUGAUCACCAGAGCCUUUCUGAGAAGCGACUGGUGUGAGUUUGAAAUUCAAAUGGCGGGCAUGCGCAUGGUGACAGACGGUCGUGAAGACGCCAUUAUUGUGAUCAUGAUGGAAGAGAUCCCGGUGGCGGAAAUGCCAAGGUCGUUACUGAAUCUAUGGAAAAACAUUACUUUUCUCAUGUGGGAAAAUGAGCAAACGAACGAAGAGAUUUUCUGGGACAGACUGCUAGAGGUAAUGGCACGGCCUUAA